CAUAAAACACACCCACACAACUACCUCGUCCUUCCCCUUAGGUCCCUUUUCACACACAAAAACAUACCCAUAUUGCCAACUCAGACACGCACAAAAACUUUCAUCCUUUUCUCUCUCUUUAUUUAUUUGUUUUUUAAUGCGCCCGCCUCCUCUUGUUUGCUCCAAACCCAAUCAAAACCUCUUCAUCGCUAUAUUUCCUCAACUCGCUCCGAUCCAACUCAACCAAGCUCACCUUACCAACUCGGAGAUCUUUCUUUCCUUCAAGAAUGGCAAUCCCUCCGAGAUUGAUAGCAUCAUCAGCAUCAUCUUGCACUACAACAUCAACCAACAACAGUAGCAUUCACAUUGAAGAGGGUCUUGCUAGUAAAUUCUGGAUCAAGUUUAGGAGAGAAUCUGUUUUUUCUAUGUACACCCCUUUUAUCAUCUCUUUGGCUUCUGGCACUCUCAAGAUUGAUUCUUUUAGGCAAUAUCUCUCUCAAGAUUCUCACUUUCUCAAAUCUUUUGCUCAUGCGUUUGAAUUGGCAGAAGAGUGUGCUGAUGAUGAUGAAGCAAAGCUAGCAACCUCUGAGUUGAGGAAGGGUGUCUUAGAGGAGCUAAAGAUGCAAAAUUCAUUCGUUCAGGAAUGGGGUACAGACCCAGGUAAAGAGAGGACUGUCAAUUCUGCAACUGUUAAAUACACAGAUUUCUUGUUGGCUACAGCCUCUGGGAAGGUUGAAGGAGUGAAAGGUCCUGGUAAACUUGCAACUCCAUUCGAAAGAACAAAAGUUGCAGCCUAUACUCUGGCUGCCAUGACACCUUGCAUGCGGCUGUAUUCAUUUCUUGGCAAGGAGCUCCAGGCACUUCUAGAUCCGGAGGAUGACAGGCACCCUUACAAGAAGUGGAUUGACAGUUAUUCAUGUGAGAGUUUUCAGGCAUCAGCUCUGCAAACCGAAGACUUGCUGGAUAAACUUAGUGUCUCCUUGACAAGCGAGGAGCUUGACAUCAUUGAAAAGCUUUAUCACCAAGCCAUGAAACUUGAAAUAGAUUUCUUCCUUGCGCAGCCACUUGCUCAGCCAACUGUAGCUCCCCUUACAAAAGGGCAUAACCCUGCAGAAGAUCGGCUUGUCAUAUUUUCUGAUUUUGAUUUGACAUGCACUGUCGUUGACUCUUCUGCCAUUUUGGCAGAGAUUGCAAUAGUAACAGCACCAAAAUCUGAUGUGGUUCAAAGUGAGGCUCAAAUUGCUCGGAUGUCAUCAGCUGAUCUGAGAAACACAUGGGAUCUUCUUUCUGGACAGUACACUGAAGAGUACGAGCAAUGUAUUGAAAGCAUUAUGCCAUCUAAAAAAGUGGAGUUCAACUAUGAAGCUCUUUGUAAAGCUCUUGAACAACUUUUAGACUUUGAGAGAAGAGUAAAUUCUAGAGUGAUUGAGUCUGAAGUUCUUAAGGGUUUGAAUCUUGAAGAUGUAAAACGAGCUGGUGAACGUUUGAUUCUUCAGGAUGGCUGCACUAGUUUCUUUCAGAAAAUUGUGAACAAUGAAAAUUUGAACACUAAUGUCCAUGUGCUCUCAUACUGCUGGUGUGGUGAUCUCAUCAGAUCAGCUUUUUCUUCAGGGGGUUUGGAUGUGAAUGUACAUGCGAAUGAGUUAAUUUUCGAUGAAUCAAUCUCCACAGGGGAGAUUGUUAAGAAGGUGGAAUCUCCCUUGGACAAAGCUCAAGCUUUCAAUGAUAUUUUAAAGAAUUACAGCAAUGACAGAAAGAACUUGACUGUUUACAUUGGAGAUUCAGUUGGUGACUUGCUUUGUCUACUUAAAGCAGAUAUUGGUAUUGUAGUUGGAUCAAGUGCAAGUUUAAGGAAAGUGGGAAGUCAAUUUGGUGUUUCUUUUGUACCACUGUUCCCUGGCUUGGUGAGAAAACAGAAAGAAUCUGACGGAGAAAGCUCUCCUAAUUGGAAAGGGCUAUCGGGCAUCCUGUAUACAGUCUCUAGUUGGGCUGAAAUACAUGCCUUCAUUUUGGGGUGGUAGAAUCAUUUUUGUUCGCACACUCCUGCGUGUUAGUUAGGGCAAAUCAAGGAAAUAUUUGUUACAUAAUGGAACACCAAUACAAGAUGAUGGCCAAUUUUAUUAGGGGCCACAGAUCUGCUGCUGCUGUUUGUUUUUCUUUUUUGUUUCUCCACAGAGUCUUCCGUUCAGAAAUGCAAUGGAUUCUUUUGGGUGGAUAAUGCUGUGAACUUGGUGUUUAGAAUCUCCUGUACUUUUGUUGCCAACCUCACCAAUUCUUUCGUUGCCCCUUGUAGUUGGUACUGGUUCUAUACCCAAGUUUCAUAUGAUUAUUUUUUCCAGCUUGUUCAUAUGGUACCUAAGUCUAUACAUUGCUGGUAUCUUUUGCUUUUCAUAGAUCAUCAUUGUUCUGUAUUUGGCAAGGGUCUGUAUUUACAAGACCAAUUUGGUUUACCCCUCUAUUCAAUGAUGAGGCUUUUUAUAUGCAUGCCUCUCUUUUUAUU